CGCCAGCGUCCUGGCGCGCGCGGCCCGGUGCGGCCUGAGCGAGAGUCGCCUCCGCCCCACCGUGCUCGGGGCUCCGCUCGCCCGGGGCUCCCCGCCCGCCGCCGCUUCGCGCCCGGGGCCGCCCUCCAGCCGCCAUGAAGCUCGUCAGGUUUCUAAUGAAGCUGAGCCAUGAGACUGUGACCAUUGAGCUGAAGAAUGGGACGCAGGUACAUGGAACGAUCACAGGAGUGGAUGUCAGUAUGAACACACAUCUGAAAGCAGUGAAAAUGACACUGAAGAACAGAGAGCCCGUACAGCUGGAGACACUGAGUAUUCGAGGGAACAACAUCCGCUACUUCAUUCUGCCAGACAGUUUGCCUCUGGAUACUUUGCUAGUGGAUGUUGAACCAAAAGUCAAAUCCAAGAAAAGAGAAGCAGUUGCUGGAAGAGGCCGUGGAAGAGGCCGUGGCAGAGGCCGAGGUCGUGGAAGAGGAAGAGGAGGCCCAAGACGAUAACUUCUCAUAUUCUGGGCAAUUUCUGGGCAAUUCUGGGCAAUUACCAUAUUCUAGGCAAUUUCAGGUUUAUUUUGUACAGGUCUUGUUUAUGGUAUCCAUUUUUAAUAAACUGAAAUGUGAAAAGGUGUCUUUCCUUUGUUAGCAAAGCCUGGGGAGGGAGGCAGAUGUGUCCUGUUUCUAGGGCUGUUGCAGACUACACAGAUCUUGGUUGUCACUGUCGUGAUUUUGCCCACCCCGGGGGCUGUACAAUUCCUCUUGCUUUUUGCCCCAGAACGUGAGACUUGUGUUGUGCUUUAACAGUGUUUGAAAUUAAUCCCUCUUUUCUAAGGCACUUGCCAUCUUCUAAUGGUUACGUAGUUAAGAUGCUGUAUUAAGAACCCCUGUCCUGUGAGUGUGUCUCUAAUACUGUUCUUCAAAGCAGCCUUUUCUAAAGUUCGUAGAUAUAAUUUUAAUGUUUUCUAUUACAUGAAGCUUGCAAUUUAAACAUGUUGCUGUCUUUAUAAAACAUUUGCACAGAGAAAUUAACCAGGUCCAUGGAACUGCUGGAUUGUUACAUCUGAUGAUUAAAGAAUACCUGGAUAUGAA